GACGGCUUUUGCGCGCGAGGUCAUGUGACAUUCCACGUGGCCCCCUCCCUCCGCCCUGUAGCGGCCGAAUUACCCAGUUUGCAACACGGAUUUUAUUUUCUCAAGAUGGCGGAGUGAUAAUAAAUCAAGUCAACAAGUUGGCUUGUACAUCCACCAAGUAUUUCAGACAACCUUGAGCACACAUCUUUUUACAAUGCACCUGCUUUGAAGAAUGGCUCGAACAAAGAGAAAAGAACUGGAAAAAGAAGCAAAAAGAAAAGGAGAGCUGUCACAAAAGAACCCAAAUGUUGAGAAAUCAGUAGCAGCAAGUCCUCUGCUUCUUCCUCAGAAUUCAUCUAACUGUACUGAUAGUGCUGUAAAAUUUGACUCGAGCUUGGGUCAGAGUUUAUCCCUGCCUAAACAGUGGGAAUUAUCAAAACAUAAAGCUGUGGUGGUGCAGACAGAAAGUCAUGUUGCUAACAAAGAAUAUCAGCUGCCUUCAAAGGAUGGAACUUUGUGUAACAGAGGUGGAGAGGGCACAAAGUUUGAGCAUGUAUCUUCGCUGCAGGCGUCACAUCCACAUGCACCACUUUCCACUCUCCAAAAGCUCAACAUCUGUGAUGACAGCUUCAUGAGUGAGAGUGUUGGUGACACAAGACCAUUGACGGAUUCAGGUGGAAAGGUGGGGAACAUUAAAAAAUCUCAGUCCAUGACUGUGACCAGCUCGAAGAGAGUACUGUUUCCAGCCUCCUUGUCCAGCCCAGCUCAACUUCCACGGGCUGUGGUUUGUGUGGAAGACAUAUGCAAAAGUCCAGAUGGAAACAUCCUGAAAAUUAUGAAAAGACAAUCCAGCAAAGAACCAACUGAAAUCGAAGGAGCAAGCUCUGGUUUUGAACAGAAUUUGGUUGAGUUUGGUGAUUUGCUUGCAAAAAAUUCUACAGAUCUCUCGUUGACAGGGGACAGAACCGUGUCCUCCACCUCAACCACCAAAAACAUAUUUGAACAGUUUGACACUGAGAUAAUAGGACGUCGGUCACCUCGUCUGCGGAGUAACAGUCCAAGAGGGAACUACUCUCAAGGAUCUCCAAUAUUUCAGGAUAUGUCUUCUCGAAGUAAUAGUGAGGAACGACAGCACAGCAACAUUGCGUCAGCUGUCAGAGCUCUAAGGGGUAUUUCAGAAAAAGUCAGUGAGGUGCGAAGUCAGACACGGGUAAGAAAUCAAGAAAGUAAGUUAGUGUCUUUUGUUAUUUCUGAUUCCAAAGAGGCCAGUCCAGAGUCACUUUCUCCUCAGAGACAUUCACCACAAGGGUCUUCAGAUAUGAACCCACCAGAAUUGGCAAUAAAAGCUCCCAAGGCAAAGAAAACUUCUCCAUCCCCAAUGCAUGUUGAGAAUUGUGAAACCCCACUUUCAGGUGUAAAGAGAGGGAGAUCACCCCGCAACCUUAGUGAUGACAUUCCAUCAUCUCAUGUUUCUUCUCAAAAGCUUGACAAUAGAGGUGAAGAAUGCCUGUCUAUAAGUUCACUCUGCAGGAAAAAGCCUAAGAUGGAUGAUGGGGUAUCUGAGGAUGUUGUGCCCUCUUUUCAGAUUUUGUCCAGCACCAGUGUACAAGCUCACCUUCCUUUCAAAGAAGUGCAGAAUGAGCCUCAAGCCAGUAGUUCCUUGAAAACUUCUGAACAGUUCUGCGUAAAUACUGAUUUACACAGCAAAGAUACAGGUGCCAGAAAGGCAUGUGAAAAAUCAGGAUAUUCACGCUCAUUUCGCAUCAUAUCCAGCACUAGUCCACAAGGUCACCCGUCUUCUAAAGGAAUACAAAGGGACCCUCAAGCCCCAGGUUCCUUUGCAACUUCUGAGCAGGUCUGCUUAGGUGCAGACUCACACAAAGACCAAGGUGUUAGGAAGAUAUCAUGUCCAAAGCCAGGUGAUGAGGCAAUUGUUACACUUAGUCUUUCAUCUCAGCUCUGUCCACAGUCUCAAAUUUCAGGAGCUGGGGAAUGUGCAGAAGGGAUGGAGCCAUCAUUGUUGUGUGCCAUGCUUAUUGGGGGAAGUGAGGUUGCAAAGACAUAUGAAAAAAGUCGUGAGCAUAUUCAUGCAAAUGUACCCAACAUGUCCAGGCAACAGGAGCCUGUAGCACUGUCCAGUAGUAGUGAUAGUGUCACAGAUGCAUUACUUAAUGGGGAGCUUACCAAUGACCAUCUUGAUGCUCAAACACCAUAUGAACUUCCCCUUCUCAGCAACUUGCCUCCACUAGUUAAGCCCAACUUUGGUGUUCUUGACCUAACGUUAAAUGAACCAGUUCCUUUUGAAGAAGAAAAUGUCUUUGUAUACAAGAAAAAUGUGGUUUUGCUGGAGCUGAUCUCUAAGGUGACCGACUAUCUUAAACAGCUUGGUACUACUGUGGAUGGAAGUGUUAUAGAGGAUGCUGAAAAGGCUUUGUUCGAAGAUGGCAGUGAACAAAAACAGCUACCUUUCAGAAUAGAAACCCCUGUAAUAGCUGGUGAACAGGGAAUGACCAGUAGUCAAUCUGACUUUAAGCUGAACUGUGAUGCACACAAUAAAAAUUUGCCACAGGAAACAAGGUGUGAGAAAUUAGCUGCAGACAGCAGUACCUACAGUCCUGUGAACACUGUUGCAAUAAAUGUUGUGGAUGAAAACUCAGGGGUUGAUUCAGGUAAAAAGAACUCUGUUGAAGCUCAUCAGCCUAUUAUUGAGCAGAUGCAAGGGUCUGUCCAAGACAAACCUGACAUUGACUUGGCAAACGAAAGUUCCUUAGCAAGUGAAAAACAGAAAAGCCUUGGAGAACUGAACACUGUGAUUGCUAAGGGGACUAAUCAAACAGCACCAAAAAUGCUGCUGGUUUUGCCUAGCAGCAGCAAAGAUUUGGUAAAGGCUGUUGAAAAGAACAAAAAUAUCUCUGAUCUUAAUACUUCUGUAAAUCAGUCCACUGCUUCAGGAACAUCAGAACCUGUUGGUGAGCCUGACAAAAGAUUCCCUGAGAGUAACAUCACUACUACCACAAGUGGCAGAGAGGUCAAGUCUGGUGAAAUAUCUGAUGAUCCCAGCACAUCGAGGUCACAUUGGCAGCCAAAAGUCCCAUCGGCUUCACACACUGGUCGACCACUCUGGAGCAGAUGGCACAAGAUUGUUUUUCCCUCACCUCUUCAUAUUCUGUCCAGACCAGAGCAACCUUCCGUUAAUAAAAGACUGUCACCGUUUAUAAGCAAAGAACUGGAUGCAUAUCUCCGCAAACACUCCAACAGGCUGGUAGUUCCAGCAGGGCCAAAAUCAAAACUUGCAAAGAUCCUUGUUUUGCAUGGCUUUUUUAAAGAUUAUUCACACCUUGAAGCUGAACUGAAUAAGCAUUCAGAUUUUGGGCAUUGCAGUGGAGAUGACUGCCCUGGUAGAAGUGAUGAAGAUGAGGAGGGCGAUGAUGAGGAGAGGGAUGAUUUUCCCCAGAAAUUCGAACCAGACUUUGAUGAGGUGGAUGGUCUUGUAUUCAUGUCUUUUGCAAAUGAAACAGCUAUGGAAUCACACAUACAAGUAGAAAAAGAUCUUAAAUGGGACAAGGAACCCAAUGCUUUUCUAAAUAUAGCCAGGUUUCGUGCAUUUGAGGAAAGUCGCAGAGAAGAUGGCACAUCUAGAAGAGAGAGUCAGGGUCUGAGAGGACAGCAUAUGCGAUGGCGCAAGUACCAGAGAAUGUAUCGCAAAGAAUUUCGUGGAAGGCUGGAAGCAAAGGAAAAGGGCCUACCAUGGCCCUUACCCAGAAUACCACACAAGACCUCUGAUGUCUCUAAAAUAAAAAACUGGAAAAGAAAGCUUGAAAGAGAUGGCAUUAAAACUGAAGAUGCCAGUGGAAGUCAAAAUUCAGUUUGUGCUGGCUCUGAUGCCGCAUCACACAAGAAGAAAAAGCGCAAAACUUAUGUAUUUUCUGUUAAAAAGAAGAGUAAGAAAUCUGCACCUGCUGCAGAGAGAGUCUUCAAUACAUCCACAAUUUCAGAUCAUGAUGUAGAUGAUCGCAGCAUUGAAGGUGGUCUAUGCCCUUCUGAUAUGCGCUCUGCUGAAGAAGAGGAUGACUAUGGUAAACCAAUACCUAUUGACCAGGAUGGCUACAUGGAGGACGUCCAGAAUUCUCUGAAAGAGAUGGAGCAGAAACAGAAAGGCAUCAUGCUGAACAAAACCCUGCUUGGUCAUCUGAGAAUGGGACCUGAAGACUGUGAGAUUUUCAAAAAGCUAGGUGGGUGGGUCACCUGUCAAAAACCUAUCAAAAAGGGUUCUGGGGACAAGAAGUUCAGAAAUCAAACCAUCAGCUCGGUGACCACAGGGGACUUGGGAAAUGAAAGGAAGAUACAGAAGAAAAGUAAGACUAGCUUUAUCUUAGACAGAGUGAGAGAAGAGAGAGCAAGGGAAGCAGUUCUGGCCGUUCAGAGAUAUGACGAUGUGAGGGAUACUCAUGGCAGCUUGCAGUUCAGCAGCGACAGCAAUGAUAUGUCUGUGCUCAGCGAGGGUGGUGACUUCAUGGACCUCACUGGGGAUUCACCAUCACCCACCUCCAGCCAUAAAGCAAAAUAUUCCUGUGACAAGCCUGGUUGUCGCUAUGGGUGCAUCUGUCAUCUAUGCCAGUCUAUUGGAGAAAGCGAUGAUCUUGAACAGGGUGUGUCAGCAACGUCUCAGGGUCGUGCCUGUGAUAAAGAAUAUUGCCGACUUGGAUGCAUAUGUGAAAGCUUGGAGAAGUCUAGCAAGCGCUCGUCUCCAUUACACUGCAGAAAACCUGAAUGUGUGCUUGAGUGUCAGUGCUUGAAGGAGGUGCCAUGCACAUCAGAAAGUCCUCAUCCACUGGUGAAAGCAGAAGCAGAUGAUGUUGAGAAAAAUUUACAUAUUGAGCUUAAGUCAGAGAAAAUAGACCCUGUAGACAUGGCAGAAAGCAGUGGGGAUGAGCUUCCAACUUUGGAGAAGACCAAUUCUCGCCGACAGCGGUCUCUAGAUCGAUAUUCAAAUCUCCCACGACGUCAGACUUCAUACAGGAUAGCCAAAAACUUAGAUGCUGUCAGUCGUAAAGCAAUGAUGCUGUAUGAGACAAGCGAGAUCUACUGGGAGCAGUCUUGCAACAGGCGUAAGAAGAGUGCAGACUCUCCAGGAAGCUCUGCAGCAGUUCCAUUCACAGCCAGUAACACUGUAUCCACAUACUCGGACGCCAUCCCCAUCACAUCAGAUCCCUGUACAUCACCUCCUGCUGCUACAACCCUCACAUUAAUGUCACCGUUCUCCAGGCAAGGGCUCACACAUGCUGCUACAGCAGAACACUCUCAAGCGUCUAUUCCUAUCAGCAUUGCUUGUGUCACCCCUUCAUCAGGGAUCACACCUGUUCCAACAUCCUUGAAGUCACCAAGUACACUGGGAUCUGACAUGUGUGGUCAAAAUCAUCAAAAGGCAAAUCAAGAGCUUUCCCCAGUCGUUAUCAGUGAUGAUGAGGGUCAUGCUAAUAAAAUGUCAAGUAUCCAGAAUCAGCUAGACUCUCCCAAAAGUACAAAAUUGAAACUCUUCAGCGGUGAGCGUACUUCAGCAUCCAGUUCAGCACAACAGUCUAUGUCCCCCCCAACAACCACAUCUACACAGCUGGCAUCUACUCCUCCACUGGCUUCAGUUGCUUCAGGGCCUUCUUUGACAGGCCUUGUCAGCUCGGCUUUCUCGCAGCCUCGUUGGCAUACAUCUAUGGUGUGUUUGAGAGCCAAUCCUCCAGGCAAGGAGAAGAAAGAUACAUCUGAUGAUGUUCAAGAAGAGGAUGAAAUUAAGCUGCUGGAGUUCAUUGCAAACUGCAACUGGGACAGUGCCAAGAAAAACAUUCUGCUUCAAGUGGCACAGUGCCUUAGCCGUGCUCAGUACCCUUCCCCACGGACCAUGUUUGUGGGAGACUUCAGGGUGGAAAUUUUACCCAAAGCGUCCAAACCUAGUGUCAUCCCUCCAGAGUUACGAAGCAAACUGCCAGAGAUGAUGUAUUCCAUUCGUGUUCGUGUCACUCCUUAUCGAAAUGCAAAUACACCAAGCCCCCAUCCUGUUGGACUGUUCCGUAAUGCUUCUACGCCAGCAGGAGUUUCUGUAGUGCCAAUGCCCACGGGAGUUAUUCCAUUAGCUAUUUCUACACAUCUCAAAUCUCCCAACAAACCAGAUGACUUACAAGAAAAAUUCAACCAAAGCAGUUUUGGCAUAUCGGGGCUAGGUCAAUUGCAAAUCAAUCAUAACACAUUACCAUCAUCACUUUCCGUGCAAGGUGAAUCUGUCCAGUUGCAAGGAAAGAAAACCAAGAAGAGGGGUGACCCAGACUCGGCUAAAAGUCAGCAAAGUGGCAAAAGGAAGAGGAAAAAGGAAAAAAAGAAGAAUGUUGAUGCUGAAGGGAGUAGCAAUCAAGCAGCAGACCUUAAAAACAAAAAAGAAUCAUCCCCUGGUAACACCCCUGGGACCAUCAAGGUUCCCAUCAUUAGCAUGGGGACCACACAGUCUUUUCCUAUCUCAAAACUGAUGCCCCUUAUUCCUGGAGUUUCCAGUCACCAAGUGAUAGGUCCAGUGGCCAACUUAAAGGAUCUCAAGUUUAUCCAACUUCCAGGACAAAAAUCCCUCCUCCAGCUGCUUCCAGCAUCAGCAUUGGGUAUUAAACCAUCUCCCGAUGGCAAAGGUUCACCACAAUUUCUGGCUGUUCCAGUCCCCAUAGCCCCUGUGCCUCUGAAGGGGGACAGCAAGCGAGGGGGCACCAAGAUGCAGGUUGAUGCUGCAAGUGCUCAUGCUUCUAGUUGUGGUACUCAGAAUUCUACUCAGCCUGUUGGAGGACCUGUGCAGCUAUCAGCAGACUCCAACAUUUCAAGCAAAAAGAAGAAAAAGAAAAAAAAGAAGAAAAAGGAAGAGAAAGGGAAAACUUCAGAAACUUCAAAAAACUACACUAGCAUUUGUAGAUCAAGAUCUACCACAUCCACCACCAUGCCAGCAUCUGAUGCUUCUAGUGUGUCUGUGCCUUCAGGUUUUCAAGAACAAUCUGCACCUCAUUCUUUGCAGAUAGUUCCCAGUGUCGGUUCACCAGGUUCUAGGAUGGAGGGUGUCAAUGUUGGCCUAAAGACCCCACCGCCCAUAUCAUCAGUUCUUUUUGGGAACCAGAUCAUCUCUAUUACAUCACCUGGAAGACAGGGCACUACGGGAGGAGGAGAGCAGGUGAUGGUGGCCACCAAAGCCACGCCAGACUUUACUGCAUCCUCUGGAUGCAAAGAUCCCAGCAAAGUGGCCCCUGAGAAGACAGUCAGUCUCCUUGCUAACAAUAAAUCCUUGUUAUCAACAGCAGCAAGGAUAUUGUCCAGCACCAGCCCAGGAGGUAUUGAGAGCAGCGGAGAGAAAGUGCUACCUACCGUAAACCCGUCACAGCAUUCAUCUGCUGCAUGUGCUGAUGACUAUCUGACGCAACUGAAAACAAAAACCUCAAAAGCAAAAAAGAAAAACCAGCUAUUGUUGGUACCUCCAAAGCAGAAUAGAUCACCAGAGAAAGAAGGAAAGUUUGUUGAAGAAGACAGUUUAGCUUCAGUUGGCAGUCAAGGCACUGAAUCUUCAAACAGCCUGUUCCUUUCAGAGGAGGAUAGUGCUGAUCUUGAACAGGAGAAUCAAAUGUCAGGAGAAAGCAACCUUGUUGCAGAACAGUCUUCAUCACUAACUGCUUCAAGAGAAAGGGAGAAAUGUAUUGUACCCAAAAGCAAGAAUAAAUCAAGGGUUCAUCUUGUUCAUAAACAACGCGAAAAGAACAGGCGAGCCGAGCACUACAUAAUGUUUCAACACCUUAAAAACGUCCUCUUUUCCAUUGAUAAAGAUCGCAAGCUUCUACCACCACUCCCCAAGACAAAACUGCUGUCAAAGGCAGAGCUUGUGAUCAAGUAUCAUCAGAAAAGGGAUCUGUCCUUAGAGAAGACCCGUGCUGUUGAACAAAAACGCCAUGCCCUUCUCAAGCAGCAGCUGGAUACCAAAGUUGAUGACUUAAAGCAAGAGGGUGCAGCAGAGGAGACCAUUGUGUCAAUCUUGGACAGUGUGAAAGUUUCACAUCUUCCACGUGUUCCACUUGACAAUCGUCUGUCAGUGGAGGAACAGAGAUUACUUGCUUCUGACCAUGCAGCAGUCGGUGCCUCAUCUAGCUGGUUGACAGCUGCAUCAGAUUCACACAGCAGUUACAGCACCAGACUUCGGUCCGGGUCAGUGGCGUCCAUGCUGCUAAGCCCCUGGCAUGUUGACCACUUGGCAAGAUCAGUGGCAUCUUCAGAAGAGUCAGACUCAUCGCAACCCAUCUCCAUCACUUCAUCAACAUCCCGGAGUGCUUCUCCAGCAGGUAGCCAACCCAAGGAGAAAAGGAGAAAGUCUUGUAAGCCUGUCAAGCUGAGGAAAAAGUUGCCUUCCCAGUUCGUCAUAGAAAUAGAAAGAGCAGAGGAAGAUGUUGGUUUCAUGGAUGGUGAGAAUAGUGAUUUUAGAGUGCAGCAAACACAGGAAGAUACUAAUAGCUUUGCCAUAAAGGAUGGUAGGGAACCAUCAGAACGACUGAAACAGACCCUCCAGCAGCGAUCUUCCACUUCUUGUACUGCUGAUGUCAGAGAUGGUGAAGCUUUGAAAGAUGGGGAUCCUGGGGUGAAAGUAGUGCCUCCAGACCGUGAUUCUAUGUCAGCUCAUGGUGUACAUGUGGAAGCAAGGUGGCUGCUGAGGCUGGUGUCCAGGAGCAAACAGGAGAAGAUACUGCAAAUAGUGACACAGUGAAUUCGAACCUGGAUUUGAAUCCAUAUGAAGAGGCUGUGGGCAAGGGUUGUCCCCAUGAAUUUUUGCCUGCUGCUGAUGUUGAUUCCGACGUGCAGUAAUGAAAAUUGAAAUAAUUUUUAAACUGUUUAAAAGGUGUUAGAGCUAACUAAAGCAGGAUGGAAAAUAUUUAUCUAACUCCAGACCAGUUUCUGAGCCCCUUUUUUUCAAAUUAUGAAAUAAAAUAUGAUAAAAGGAUCAACCAAAUAUGUAUGCAGUAACAAUUACCCCCAAAACACACCCUUCCCAAUUAUGUUUAAAUAGAAUGAAUAGCAUUAUGAAGUAUUUGGUUGUCUGUUUUAUUGUUUGCUUUUUUUUUUUUUAAAUUGGUUCAGUAGUAGCAGGUAGGCUUAAUACUUGUGUGCUCCUGUUUGCAUACCUUAUCUGGGGCAGACAGAGGGCUGUUGUCUUAAUUUCCAAUCUGUGUUGGAUUUAUUUUUGUAAGAUCCAUCACAUGUUUAAUGUGAUUUACAUUGCUCUCGCAGCCCUUUUUUGAGUCAUUAAAAUAAGCAGACACAGUCCAUCUUGUGGCAAAAAGCAGCUAUGGACAGUUCUUCCAGGCACAUCCAUCCACAUAGUGACUAGUUUCAUUUCACUAUUGAUCUCUAGUUCUCUUGCUUGCCAGAGAAGAAAAGGCCAGAAUGGACAGUAAUGUUGAGAAUUCACAAUUUUAUGUUUGUGUGCCAAGGUGUUUUCUCCCAAAUGGAGUUUGUAUAUAGGAGCCUCAGAAUGCAUGUGUGUGGUGAUAACUUAUCAUGUUAUGUGCAUGAAUAAGGCUUUUGUACUCUGAACCUGCACCAAUGAGAGAAUGUGUACAUGGAGAAAUAGAGAAACGUUCAGAUGUGUAGAUUCCUUCCCUCCUAAUCCUUUCAUUGAUAGAUAUGCACUACUUAAUUACUGCACUUGUCACUGGAAUCAGUUUGGUGGGCAAUCUGAGAAGUGGAAGGUGGAAUAGGGAGGUGAUGGCUUUAGAAACUUUGUAUUCUACUACUGUAUCUUUUGCUGUAACGCUGUUCUGUCUCUGCAUGUGGCAUCUGUUUACAGGGCUGGCUGCCUUUCCGUGAUAUAGCCUUAGAUGCUGGUGUAAAACACCAAUCCCACCCCAAAAAAAACACUCCUUUUGCUGCAACAUUAGAGGCAUUCCUGCUGGUCUCCUGAGGCAGCGUUGAAGUGAAAUGUUUGAAAUGAAACCCUAGAGAAAUGUAGGCACUAUAUGUAUGUAUAUAUGAUGUGUGCAAAUUGUAAUGACAAUAUUGUAAUAUACUCAGUGCUCACCCUCUCUGGGUCCCCACUUCCACCUAUUUCACAGGAAAAAAAGGACAAAGCAUACACCACAGGAUGAUUUUUCUAUAUACAGACUUUGUGGCGGACAAGUCUCUGGGAGUUAAAGCGGAUGAGGGAGGGUAUUCGAGAAUAGCAUGUUAGGGGUGUUUGAGAGAAGAAUGUUCUGUGUAGCAGGAGUAGGCUUUUCUUUCUAAUAAAUGUGAGAAAGGGCAGGCGGGUGGUCAUCUCCAUGUUAUCACGAUUGAGCCAGCUUUGAUAUUUGGCAGCGUAUUCCAGCAUUUGAACGAAAAAUGCGUGGACUGAUUUCAGGAUUUCACAGUUUUGAUAAUGCUUGUUCGGUGACUUGGUUCUGAAACUGAUUACUCAUCCCUUCCUUUCGAUUUAUUUCCUUUUCCCUAAUUCCUCAGCAUGCAGAACGUCCACACCGCUACCAUCCCCAUUUUUCAUUUAAUUGCGAACUUGACAAAAGUUUCGCCGACAGAUGUGUUCCAUCGUUUGUAUGUACCCGAUUGUUAUGCGCAGUGUUGCUGUACCGUUAUGAAUUGUAUUGGCGGAGAGAGAGAAGUCAGCGUAAAAACUGUGAAUUCGAUUGCAUGUUGUGUGUAUUGUCCUUACACCGAGGUGUACUUGAUCGAGAUUUAGUUCAUAUCUAUAACAAAGUCCUGUGCGUUCUACGAAUUUACUGUGAUAACCCAUACACCUUGCAUCUCUUCUACUGGGUAUAGCAGGAGACGGGACAUUCAAGUCGAUCAUUAUAUUGAACUGUGUAUCGCAGGUAUCGUUCACGCAGUCUGCUUGGUCGACGAUCUUUUCCAUUUAAAAAGGAGUGAGAGGUGUGUGUGUGUGGUAUAAUGUCGACUCGUUAUCCGUCCAAAUGGUAGACAAGAGCCGAUGGUCGGGACAUCCAUAACCAAAGGCAAAUUCCUUUGCUGCAUAGCGCGAGGAUGAGGUUGAGAUAACAAGUUGAUACUGUACUGAUGUGUUAUGCGUGAACAGCAGAAACAAUAAUGAUGAUGUAAUUAUAAAUAAAUAAUGUUUUUCCAUG